UUGCAGGUUGUCGUGAAAUCCAAUUUCAAACCGUCUCUGUUGGCUCAGAAGAUUGAAGUGCGGAUUCCCACACCACCCAACACAUCCGGCGUUCAGCUCAUUUGUAUGAAAGGAAAAGCAAAGUAUAAAACUGGCGAGAAUGCAAUAGUUUGGAAAAUCAAGCGUAUGGGAGGGAUGAAAGAAAGUCAAAUUUCUGCUGAAAUCGAUCUUCUUUCUAUAGGAUCUGACAGGAGGAAGUGGAAUCGUCCUCCAGUCAGUAUGAAUUUCGAGGUACCCUUCGCUCCCUCCGGCUUGAAAGUGCGCUACUUAAAAGUGUUCGAGCCGAAAUUAAAUUACUCAGAUCAUGAUGUCAUUAAAUGGGUGCGUUAUAUCGGUCGUAGUGGUCUCUAUGAAACAAGAUGCUAA